GGAGCCGGGUUGGCUCGGCCAAUGAGCGGUUUCGGGGGAGAUUUGAAAGCGAGGCGGAGCCGGUGGCUGUGGGUUUCCUGGGGGCUUCGGCUGCUGCGGAAAUUUUAUCUUGGCUGGAGAAGAUGGCUGCUACAUCCCAGUUUGCCAAUCGAUACAGAAAAGAUCUGAGCACAGAAAAUCUUAGAACAAAAUCUGCACGCAGGAAGUCACUGAUUCAAAAGGAAAACAGACACAAGCUCUUUGAAAAGAGCCGGCAGUUUGGAUUGGCAGAUGUCAAUGUCCAAUCAUCAAAAGGGAGGGGACUUCCUCAACUGGAUGAGAUGCAAGAAGUGUCGUGUCAGGAAAACCAGGUUAAAGAAAAACAAGCUACAAAUGUAGCUAUCAAAAGUGUAAAUGAGCGCAAGGAAAUGCUCCAACGCUAUAAAGAAGAAAAAGAACUUCGAAAACUAAAGGAGCAGAGAGAGAAAGCUAAAAAGGGUGUAUUUAAAGUUGGACUUUAUAAACCUGCUGCACCUGGUUUUCUUCCAUCUAUAUCACAGAAUGCAGUGACAGUCAAGCCAAAGGAGAAGUUGGCUCCUGCUUCCUCCACACGCAUUACAAGAUCAAAGGCGAAGAGCCAAGCAGAACAAACAUCAACAAGAUCUCAGCCUUUCACGAUCUGUGCUGACCGUGCUACCAGUGGGCAUAGCAUUCAUCCUGCCCAAACUGGACGUAGACAGGCGCCUGCAGACAAAGUGACUGAAAAAGGGAAAAAAGUGUUGCAACCUGCAGGCCCCCCCACAGUCUCAAAUGUAAGAAUCACCAGAGCAGCAGCUUCUGUGACUAAACAGCUGAUAAAACCAGCUACCACCAAGGGUGUCCAACCACAAAAAAAGGCAGCAAGUAAAGAAAAAGAGCAAAAAGAGAUCAAAGCCGACAAAAAUAAGACCCUACCUUCUAAACAUGAAGGGGAAGAAAAUACUCUGCACCCAAUAACUGAAGACUUGGUUAUUGACUCCAAAAAUUCAACAUCACUAGAACUUCUUGAGGAAAAGACCAUACAGGAAAAUAACUUACCAGUGACAAAUGGUCCUGCUCCAGCGAGGCAGCGAAUGCGCUCUUUUGCUCCUCAGAACUUCGUAUUUCAGCCAUUGGAUGGCUUAACAGCUUACAAAGUUACACCCAUGACUCCUUCCAGGGCAAACGCAUUUUUGACACCUAGUUUCACCUGGAGCUCUCUAGUUAUGGGGUCAGAAAAAAAUUGCAGAGAAGCCGUGGCACAAAAGUCUGAUUCAGAAAGUAACACUUCAGCUGCUGAGAGAGGCACUGAUAAAAGCUCUGAACAACAGCAGAUUCCUACAAAAUCUCCAAAAACAAAGAAAGGCUCUCUCUCAAAUGAGGAAGGUGUUCAGAAAUCAAAUGAAACUAUUCCAGUGUUUUCAGAUGUCUCAGCAAUGGAAACAAAACAGGACAAAACAGAAGAUCCAGAGCAUGAUGUGCCCUAUUUUAGAAAUGUUCUUCAGUCUGAGACUGAGAAACUGAUGUCAGAGUGUCUCCAGUGGGAUGGAAAAUGUGAUCUGGACAUCCCAGAGGAUGCAAAAGAUCUGGUUCGCACAACAGUUGGUCAGACAAGACUGCUCAUAACAGAAAGGUUUAAACAGUUUGAAGGACUGGUAGAUAAUUGUGAAUUCAAACGCGGUGAAAAGGAAACAACAUGCACAGAUCUGGAUGGAUUUUGGGAUAUGGUUAGUUUUCAGGUAGAUGAUGUGAAUAAAAAAUUUGAUAACUUACGGAAGCUUCAAGAGAAUGGGUGGCAGCCAGUUAACAUCCCGAGCAAAGAAGUCAUCAAGAAGAAAGUUGUCCGAGGUGGAAUAUCCAAGCCCAAAGGGGGGGCUGCUGAAAAAACGGCCAGAAAUCGUUUUGCUGCUUUCAGGGCAGUAAUGAAGGAUAAAAUAAAGCAGGAAGGAGGCACUGAGCCUACAGCCCAAAGGAUGCCAAAGGAAGUAGAAAAAGUGGUGUUUGAGGCUGGAUUUUUCAGAAUUGAAAGUCCUGUGAAAUCUUUUCCAGGUUUGCUUUCCAAGACACCUGGCAGAACUUCCCAGCAGGUUUCUAAAACUAUGACAACUCCAAGGUCAUGCAGUCGAACUUCACUUCAAAAUGCCUGUGCAAUUCCCUGCAACUCUGAGAACACUGUUACAAUGCAAUCUAUGCCAGCAGCCAGUGGUUUCUGUGCCCCACAAAAUUGUAAUACAAUCCAGUCUCCAUCAGAAAAAAACCUGUUGGGCAGCAAUCCUGAGCAAAGUGAUUUUCCAGCUGCAGAAGAACAAUGCCUACUGAUAAAUGACAGAGCAAAGAAAGAGAAUGAAACAAAUGUAGCUGCCGUGGAGGUGUGUUUACUCUCAGAUGACAGAAGCAGCUCAGUUCCUUUUACUCAAAUGUUGGAAAACCCUGAGAAUAAACCCUCAGAUAUGACAAGGGAGAUGGAGCUUUCUACUACAGAUAUAACAGGGCAAGAUAUUGUCAUGAGCAGCCCAGAGAAGACUGCUCAGUCAGAAACCAAUCUUGCUGAAGAACUGCAUGUACUGGAGCAUAAAUCAGACUCUUUGCAUGAAGACUCCACCUCUGAAACUCCUUUUGAUGUUGCACCAAAUCUCGACUGCAGUCUUCCUUUCACCCCACUCAGAAAUGAAGCACAGAAGUUUACAGAAGCUUCAGUAUGCAAUGACCUAAUUGUAUUUUCUCCCCUUUCUGCCUCUGGGGAAAAGUGAAGACUGAUUUGGAAUUCAGUGUGUACAUUGAAUAUUUAGAGACGUUUGGAAUUACCAGUGUAUUCGCCUUGAGCUGCAUACUCAAAGUAAAUGUCUAACCUGGGAUUGUACAAUAGAGCUCCUUAUUAAAUGUUUUUCAUAACACUUUUUAUAAAGCAGAUACUGCAAUUUAGCUGCUGUAUGGUAGUGGCCAGUGUGUCUGAAACAGUAUAUCUGUAUCCAUUUGUGGCAUGCAUCCUGUGACUCCUACUUAGGGAUAAAAUAUUUAAGGCAUAAGCUUUUUCACAGUUCCUGUCCCUUUCAAGAUCUACAUUUAUAUUUUUAUUAAACUUGGCUUUUCCUGUC